CCAACUCCAUUAUCAGACGAUUGUGAAUAGAACCAUUCAUCUUCCCUGCCCAUUUUUCUCCCAUUCCAUUGCUCUCCUUCAUCUCUCUCAGUCGGUGCCCGCCUUUGUCCCUCCGGUAGCAUCGUGGUGACGUCAUUCCCCAUCACCUCACACGACCUCGACUUGAUCCAGCUCGACUUCUUCUCUCCCCAUCUUCCCCUCUGAAUCUGCGACUGCCUUCCUCAAUUCAUCCCAUAUCUACUUUCAGCACCAAGAAUCCCACACAUCAACAUGCCUCGCCACAACGACCCCACCUCCAAGCUGUUCUACAAGGGUGCGUCCGACGACUUCAUUGUCUUUGUCGACGACCACGACGUCCUGAACAGAUGGCGCGGUGACCGCUCAAUCCCCUUGGCCGAUGUUCUUAACGGCUGGAAGAUCUUCGUGACCCACAAGCACGGAGCCCAAGGUGUCCUCGACGGAGCCAGCAAGGCCAGUCUCGAGAAUGAAUUCGGGACUUCCAAUGAAGAUGAUUGCAUAACCCAGAUCCUGGAGAAGGGUGAAUUCCAGUCGACUAUUGCUCGUGAGCAACAAGGUGAUACCAACUUCCGUAAUGGACCUGCUUUCCGGUAAUUUCGUGCAUGCAUGCCUUGCUGGCUGGCGGGCUGGCCUCUUCCCAUCAUUGUCAUAUCAUGGUUGAGUGGCCUUCCCUUGAUGGGUAGGUGGAUGUGAUGUGUUGGGCAAGGAUAAUAGCAUGAUCUCGAUUGAUUGACCGAAUACACUCAUGAAUGAGUAUGCUUUUUACUAGCGGAUGAAUACGAUGAAAUAGUAUGGAUACAUAUC